AAUUAAACAGUCAUUAACUCUUUCAGUCUUGAAGAAGUAAUAGAAGCAACAAAUCGAGCGGGACGACAAAGCUUGUUCGAAUGCGAUUUUGGCGCCUCGUGUAUUGAAAGAAGUGAAAUCCCUCACGAAGCGUUUUGACCGACUCCCAUCGUUAGAGCGACUUGAAAAUAUGUGGAAAUUUACCUUUAUUGAAAUCGUGAUAAGCUGUGUGACGAUUCUGACAGUUUUAUACUACUACAGUGUCACGAAACACUCCUAUUGGAGAAGGAAGAAUGUGGCAGGCCCGAAGCCACUGCCGAUAUUCGGUAAUUUCUUGGACGUUGUGUUUAUGAAGACAUCGCUGGCCGAAAAGCUUUGCGAUUUCUAUCAAGUCUGGAAGCACUUCUUCGUGAAGGAUUUCACAACGUUCACCGAUCGAGGACUUCUCGUUAACGAGGGUGUCGAUCCUUUGUCCCAACACUUGUUCGCCAUCGACAGUCACCGGUGGCGAAGGCUCAGAAAUAAGCUGUCGCCAGUCUUUACGUCCGGUAAACUCAAGCAGAUGUAUCAUCUCCUGUGCGAAUGCGCGGAUCAUUUUGAAAAGUACGUUAUUGACCUUGCCGCCAAGGGCGAUCCGAUCGAGUGUAAAGAGAUCACAGCUAAGUUCACCACCGACGUCAUCGGCUCCUGCGCUUUCGGAAUCAACAUGAACGCUCUAACCAGCGAGGACAGCGAGUUUAGGAAUAUGGGGAGGAAGGUCUUUGCCCCGUCGUUCAAAGACGGCGUAGUAAGAACAAUCAGGGAAAGUCUGCCAGUCCUAUUCAAAUUCUUGAAGAUCAGAAUGAUCUCUCGCGAGAUUACCGCAUUCUUUGUCAACAGUACAGCAGAGACAAUUUCGUACAGGAUGAAACACGAUAUCGUUCGGAAAAAUUCGGAUCAAAUUGAUUUUGAACUGACGGACGAACUGAUCGCUGCUCAAUUUUUCGUCUUCUUCUUUGCUGGAUCCGCUACUCCUGCCACAGCUAUAUCUUUCGCUCUUUACGAACUAGCACAGAACGAAGGUAUUCAAGAUAAACUGCGCGAUGAAAUCCAAGAAGCUCUGAAAGCUCACAACGGGAGUCUACCCUUCAAAGCAAUCAAGGAUCUGAAGUAUUUGGACAAAGUCUUUCAAGAAACACUGAGAAAACAUCCACCCGUUCCGUUUCUAACACGAAGAUGCGUCAAUGAUUACACGAUACCUGACACAACGGUCCAUAUUCCGAGUGGUACAAAAAUCUUUGUACCAGUUUUGGGUCUUCACUACGAUCCGCAGUACUUUCCAGAUGCUGAAGUUUUUGAUCCCGAACGAUUUGCGGCUGAAGCGGUUCAAAAAAGACCUGCGAUGGCGUACUUGCCAUUUGGAGACGGGCCACGGAACUGUAUCGGUGCCCGAUUUGCGAUUUACCAGACGAAGAUGGGUAUCAUCAACAUACUAAAAAAUUGCAAAGUGUCAAUAUGCUCGAAGACGAAAAUUCCGUACGAAAUUGAAAGGACAACUUUUGGACUGGCACCUGUUGGUGGUAUUUAUUUGAACUUUACGAAUCUUUCAUGAG